AUGGAGGCCUCAGCACUCCUCAGAGCCAUUAAACCCUUCAAAUCGAAGCUGCCAAAAUCCAUCGCCAUACCACGCUCUUCAAUUUCUUCAAUUCACACAGGUGGAGAUGCUAACCGGAAAAGGGCAUACGACGGGUUGUUGUUAGACGCCGGCGGCACACUCCUGCAGCUGGCGAAGCCAGUUGAGGAAACGUAUUUAGCCAUCGGCCAAAAAUACGGUCUUAAAUCCACAGCAGGUGACAUUAAACAAGGUUUCAAGAGAGUUUUCUCUGCCCCAUGGCCGGAAAAGCUCCGGUACAAGGGUGAUGGUAGACCGUUUUGGAAAUUAGUAGUUUCUGAAGCCACCGGCUGUGACAAUGCAAAUUACUUCGAGGAAGUAUAUGAGUACUAUGCAAAUGGUGAUGCGUGGAAGCUUCCGGAAGGAGCUUAUGAAACAAUGUUAUGCCUCAAAGAUUCUGGAGUUAAAUUGGCUGUUGUGUCGAAUUUCGACUCUCGCUUGAGGAAGCUACUGAGGGAUCUUAACAUAUUACAUCUGUUUGAUGCCGUCGUUAUAUCUUCAGAAGUCGGUUAUGAGAAGCCAGACGAGAAGAUAUUUCGAGCUGCUUUAGAACAAAUCUCGGUAGAGGCAAGCAAAGCAGUUCAUAUUGGAGACGAUACAAAGGCCGAUAAGGUUGGGGCUAAUGCCGUUGGAAUUGACUGCUGGCUGUGGGGUUCAGAUGUGAAGAACUUCCAAGACAUACAAAAUCGAAUCCUCCUGCCUUCGGCAAGUCACGUGAAUUAG